CUCCUCACAUCUCAUCCUGUGAGACACUAAGCUCUGAAGAUAGUUUAGUUGAUUUGCUGACAAAAGGGAGCUAGAUUUUAGUUCCUGUCCUGAUGGACAGGGAGUUAAAAGCUCAUAAAAAUACCUAUUUCACUGUCAGAAAACAGUAUUUUCUCCUUUGGUAGAAGGAGGCAUUAUUUCAGAUCAGCUGCUGAGGGGGAAAAAACCAAACAGAGAACAAGAGCAGGUUACUACAUACGUCUUGAAAAGUACGUUCAGGUUGAAAAGCAUACUGAAAACAGCUUAUUCCACAGUCCAGCAGAGGAAAAGGAAGGAUGGGUGGCAGCACUUCAUUGAGAAGAGCAAAGUUGGAUGUGGGAUUUUGUCUGGGUUUGCGUUUACCCCAUUUCUACACAUUGAAGCACUCCUUUUAGGAACGGCCUGCACUGUUUUGCAGGCGUCGUGAGUUCCGUGUGCUGCAAAAUCAGAGUAUUGUUUUAAAUCCCUCCGGUCUGUGAUAUUUUAUUUUUAGGUGAGGAAACCUUUAGAUGUGUGUGUGCUGGUGGCUUUUUAAGCGUGCUUUAAAAAGAAGCAAAUCACAAAGCAAGUGUUAGAAACUGUGCUUUUUCCUUCCUUUUUUUUUUUUCCCCUUCUGAAAGGUUCCCCACCUUUGUGUUUUGGAACUGUUAACCUUGGCUAUUUUUAUUGUUAUUGUUUUAAAUGUGAAUUUCUUUUUAGACCGCUAUGCUCAAGGACCUGGGGCUUUUAGGAGGAAAGAUGUUCCCCGGAGCUUUUCUAAGCACAGUGGUGCAGAAGGAGUGUGCUGAAGCUGGAGGGCCCGGACUUGGCUUUCUCUCUGUGGGUUAUAGCGUGUGGCAACAGCUUUCUGUAGCCUGGGUAACUGCCUGUGACGUGGGUGGUGAUAGGUGAGCUAUGUACACAGACAUCCCUUGCAAGGAGUGCAUCUCCCAGGUGUGGUGUUAGCUCUGGGAAAAGGCGCUUCUCAGGCACCCUCACCAUGAUGUUUCUAACUGCAGUCACUGGUGGAGUAGACAAUUAAGUUAUCCUUAUAUCUCCUGCUCUCUGGACUGGGAAACUUUGGCUGUGUGCAACUGAUCAUUUUCAGUUACUGUUUUGUACAGCAGUGUGUAUAAAUAAUAAACAACACGUAUUCUGUACCUUUAGGAAUGAGCAUGUGGCUGUAGAAAUUAUUCAAAUCAGUGCAACCGGUUCUUCCUUAAACAAGCAGCCAACAGCAACAAAACCCUGGGCUUGGAAUUACCUUCCAACCACUGCCUUGUGUUUCGAGAGAGCUGCUGUGCUGUUUGAGGAGUUGGCAGCUCUUAACUCUUUCCCAGAUGGGCUGCUUCAAUUUCCUUAGUGAUCUUGGCAGAGUUUGUGUUGCCCUCCAUGGGAAGACAGUUCUGCAUUUUAUGGCUUAACGUUUGUGAAAGCUAUUUUUGUGAGGUGGGAGUGCUCUCCGAAGUGUAUUGCUUUUGGUGGUGUUCAGAAUCGUAACAGUGAUGGUGUCUGAAGAACGUAUGCAGAGGGGGGUCUUCCCAAUGAGAGCUAUCAGCUUGUGCACUUCCAGUCUGUUUAUACGUACACUUGCUGGCUUUUAACUCUUGGACUGCAUUGAACUGCCUCUUAAUGUUGAAUUGUAGCACAAUAUUGGAAUGUCUUGGAGCUCUUGCAGUUUUCUAAACUGGAGUUGACUGUUCUGGUAGCACCAUAUCUCAUUUGAAGCCAUUUGCCUGAUCCUGUGGUCAUAGAAUCACAGAAUGGCUUAGGUUGGAAGGGACCUUAAAGGCUACCCACUUCCACUUCUCUGCCAUGGGCUAGUUACCAGCCACUAGAUCAGGCUGCCCGGGGCCCUAUCCAACCUGGCCUUGAAUCCUCAAUCAUUGGUCAUCUUCAUGGGCAGUAGUAUUCAGGUGUUAGAUCAGCGUUUGCAAAACUCUUGUGUAGCUGAGCUCUGAGGUUUCUCAUCUUGCCCCAGAGCAGGGCUGAAGCGCUCAUUUCUCUAUCUUUUGCAUGUGUAGCUUCUGAUCACAGGAUGGAAGCUUGCUUGCUGGCUUUGUGUGCCGUAGGCUGGUGGUUCUUUGUCUCUACACCUGCUGUGUGGUGGUACGUCGAAGGAAUGUAAGCUGUAGCAUACUUGUUUCCCGAAUUCUUGUGUAGGUUUUAGUGCCUCCAGAUUGAAGUGAAUGGUGAGACGUGCUCAUUUUAAUAGGUGGGAAUCAGACUGGAAAAUAAUUGACUUUUUGGUACUACAGGAGCUGAGGAAAGCAAUGCCUGGCUUGCACACCUUCUGUCUUCAGAGCAGAAAUGUUGUGACUACUCUGUUAUUAAUAGAAACGCUCGAGUUAAAUCUUGUCAGCGCAGGUUUUGCACAUGUGCGAUUUGUUUUUUACCUGCUAUCCUUCUGAUGCUGUGAUUGUCGUAAAGAAUAAGCUUUUACAUUCUGAAACUAUCAAUUCGCUUUCUAAAAAGUAGCUGGAGCUUUUUAUUUUAAUUUCUGUGCUGGCAUCUUGGCUAUUGGAAACUAACGCGAUCAUACUCCAAUGUGUCUAUUCUUAGCAGAAUGUUUUAAUUUGAAACCCGUUGUUAUUGUUUGAAGGCCUGAAAUGCUUGCUUUUCUGGAAUUUAGUUCUUGCCCUACAGUGUUUCUGUGUCUCGGAGUUGAAAAAGAGGCAUGUUGGGAGUAAGGAGGUGCUCAGCUAAAACUUGGGCCUUCUCUGCGAGGUGUACUCAUUGGCCUGCAGCAAUGAGUCUCUGCCUCAGUUUCCCUGUGUAUAGCAAGACAGUGAUGCCUACUUCAAAGAUGCUUUGUAGGAUUAAUUAAUGCUUAGGAAGGCCUUUGAAGAUGAAGAAGCAGGAUUUGAAAUAUGAAAAGUUUCCAUGCCCCAGGUAGAAAGGUUCUGUGUGCUGACUCGAGUGUGGCUUUUUCCAAAUCUCUUGAGCACCUCCAGAUGCUUGGAGGGGCUUCUUUCAGAUGGACUGUGGUGGUGGACGCUUUCAGGAGACACCAAGUUGCAUAGCACUACCUCCAGAGGUUAGUUACUUGGAGGAAAGGAGGAAAGGUGAUAUCCCACGGCCUCAGCAGUAUGUACAGGUAGCAGGCUUGUCUUGAAAAAGGGGCCACUGCAGCAUUUUCCAGUUAUUCUUCCCUAGGGCAAGCUUCUGUCCUUUCCUAUGUUUGAUAAACCAGUCCAUUGAUGAGCCCUGUAUGAAAUGAUUUAUGGUAAUCAUAGCACUGCGUUCUUAACCUCUAACAGACUGGAGAAGUAAUGCUGUCUUUACUUUCCAGGGAUGUGAAAGAGUUGUGAUAUUUUAAAAUGAGGUCUUAAUUUCUUGGAAGACAUGUCAGUUCUGUGUGUGAUGUGUGCUUAGGUGUGCAGGGGAAAAAAAGAGAACUUUUAGGUUGUUCUGUAUCAUCUUCCUUUUGGUAUCUCCUCUUUUCCAUACAUUUUGCCAAUUAUGUAGUGACUGCGUGUUUUAUAGGCACCAUCCUAGCUUAAGGUGCUCUGAUGAAUGUGAAUUAAGGGAGAACUCGGUCUGGACUUUAUCACACAAGAGGGGAGGACUUUGGAGCACCAUCCAUGUUGCAGUGGUAAGAGUUUGAGGGUGACUGUGCUAAGAACAAGCUGCAAAGUCUUAAGUUUUACGCAUAAGGACUCUUAAUUUUUCUGUUUUAAUUCAGGUUUCUGUGGAGGUGCAGUCGGCCUUGCAGAAGUAGAUAAAAUGCUCUGGCAUUGUAAUGCACAAAUGUCUUGAGUAUAUUGAGGUCUAAGGCAGGCCUGCCAGUGUUUCCUGUAGGAACAUGAAGGUUUAAGUGGCUCCUUUCCCCCAGUUAAAAACAAAACAAAAAACAUACCAGGAGGUUGAGUUGGCUGUUUAGCUGCUUGGAUGUAAAAAGAUUUGCCAGUGCUGCGUUUGAAGCUGGAGUGGGCUGUGGGGCAGGCUGCUAAGUGGGGUGUAAGUAGAGCGCCUGAACGUUUUCCUUUCUGGAAGCAUCGUUCUGCAAACCCUAGGCAGGCCGGGCUGUGGAAUCUGCAUCAUUAAAAAUGCUCCCCGUCAGCAGACAGCAAGAUAAAAUUACAGCUUUGGAGGAAAUUCGGUUCUUGCUCGUAAGCAUGGUGUGACGUCUUAGUGAGGCUGAGCGGCGUGUGGGCUCUGACAGUGGGAAGCGCUCCGUGCGGCUCAGAUGUGUGGCUUCCUAGCCAGCCUUCCUGAGUCGUCCUGGCACUUGGCAGUCGCUCUUCCAAAACCUUCAAACCAAAGAAGAACAUUCCAGAGGGAUCUCACCAGUAUGAGCUGCUUAAACAUGCCGAGGCCACGCUUGGAAGUGGUAACCUCAGGAUGGCUGUUAUGCUUCCAGAGGGUGAAGACUUAAACGAAUGGGUUGCAGUUAACACUGUUGACUUCUUCAACCAGAUCAAUAUGCUUUAUGGAACCAUUACGGACUUCUGCACAGAGGAGAGUUGCCCCGUGAUGUCUGCUGGCCCAAAGUACGAGUACCAUUGGGCAGAUGGGACAAACAUAAAGAAACCAAUUAAGUGCUCUGCGCCAAAGUACAUUGAUUACCUGAUGACUUGGGUCCAGGAUCAGCUGGAUGAUGAAACGCUAUUUCCUUCUAAAAUAGGUGUACCGUUCCCAAAGAAUUUCAUGUCAGUGGCAAAGACGAUUUUAAAGCGCCUCUUCAGAGUUUAUGCUCACAUUUAUCACCAGCACUUUGAUCCAGUGAUUCAGCUACAGGAGGAGGCACAUCUUAACACGUCCUUCAAGCACUUUAUAUUUUUUGUUCAGGAAUUCAACCUUAUUGACAGAAGAGAGCUUGCACCACUUCAAGAACUGAUUGAAAAACUCACCUCUAAGGACAGAUAAAAGGAAGAGGAUUUUUUUUAAGUCAGUUGUUUCUUUAAGCAAGCGUGUGGUAUAUGUUUUUUGUUCAUUUGUUUUUUAAAAAACAAAAGAAAAACCUGUGCUGUUAUUCCUAACAGCCAAGAUCUACUCUCUGUGCUUUUAUUAGGAGAAAUCUUUUGUCUGUUAGUGACAUGCAGUAAAUAGCUUUUUUUUUUUGAUAGUUAUUCAUUGUGGGAUUUUAGCAGGUGCUGAGUGUUUGUAAAGGAAACGUGCUUGGUUGGGGGUUUGACUCUGCUGGUGGAUGGGUUCUGUAUAGUGUCAGUGGUAGCCCAUUCUAAUGAAGUCCCUGAAAGACUUCCUUACAUUCUCUAAGUGCCUUGGCAGACUCACUUCUGAGGUGCAAAGCACAUACAAUACUGAACAUUGCUGGAAACAGAAAAAUAUGAACUAACACCCAGGAUACUUACUGAUACUUGUUUUAGAAAAAAAAUAUAUAUAUACAUAUAUAUAAAUACUUACAGUAAAAAAAGCCAUAACUUAAAUCGAUGAUCUCCAGCUUUUAAUACAAAUAUUUGUCUUAUUUUUUUAGAGAGAUUAAUAUAGAUUUUUUUCAAAACUAGAUAUUUCUUAUAAUAAAAAGUGACGAUGAAGCUCUAGUCACCAAAUCAGAGUGAAGAGGGUGGUGUCAAAAUUACAGAGAAUCUGUGGUUAGCAAAUAGUUAAUGUCUGUUGCACUGGUUUUUGCUUUUCGUAGUUGCUCUUAUUUUUUUGAACAGGUGAAUAAAAGAGCACCUCAAGUCAGGCACUUCCGUUCAAUUUCCAAGCAUUUGCCAAAUGAACUGUCAGUUUGCACAGCUAGAGUUAGGAAACAUAGUUAAUAUCAAAAGUAUACUGGAGUAGUACUAAGAAAACUCUGCCUUGCAAAAUAACUAAUGAGGUGAUGUUCCUAAGUUAGACAUAAAAAGCCCAGCUCUGUGAAGGAACUCUGAUCAGUGUUUUCCACGGUAGAGAAUGUAUCUUGAAGGGGAGAUAAUUCUGUGAACCGUUUAGGAUUGAUGUUAGCACAGUGGUGUUCUUCCCCAUCUAAAAUUGUUACCCGUCUCCAAAGAACUACAGAGUUCUGGAAGAGAAAUUGGAACAUACCAGUGGUUUAUGAUUUGGCAAGUGCAUCUUCUACUUCUGAGAAAAUGUAACCAAAACGUCUCCUUCCCUCACCUGUGUUAGUCUCUCUGCCUUUCUGUCCUUCUGUUGUCUCAAACCAGACACAAGAAUGGCUUGUGACAAGUUAACUUCUGGGAUGAUCCACAGACAGUGGCUUUGAAAUCUUUGCUGCAACUACAUCAGAGUCUGGUUUCCCAUUGCCCAGAUGACUCUUGUUCAUUUAUGGGCCUCGUCAAAGCUGUGGUAUCUGGGAUACAAAGAAAUCUACAUUAGGUUCCGCAGUACGCUAUCCCAUGAUACCACUAGUUGCCAAAUAUAAUGCACUAGUUGAUUAACACUGCCAGGUUUUGCUAGAUUGUGACUGCUACAACACUUUUUUUUUGUACCUUAAUAAUGUGAAUGCAUCCAUUGAGCUGUGUAUAUGACCCGAGUAACUCUAAAAACUAAAAAACUUACAGGUGAAGCCAAGGUUGGCAUAUGGCAGAGAAGUUGUGCAUAUGCUUUGGGUACCUCUGCUAGACUGAAAACACCAGCCUGCAGAAUGUAUAAGUGGCCAUUAAUAUAGCCAGCGAAGAAAUAUUUAAGCACGAUAACAAAUAUAUGUUCAUUUUAGUGACUAGUAUCAUUACUUUUAAGUUAAAAUAAUAUAUUUCAGAAUCAUCUAUAACUUAUUUUAAGAACAAUGUUAUUCUUCAAUGGAAUUGAAUUUCCUAGUCAGAAUGAAAAUCACUUCAAACUUCUGUUACUUCUGUCUCUUUUUCUCACCAGGCUUAAGAACAGUUAAGAAGACCUAGUACUGAACUAGAAAAAUUGCCUUGUGUGCUCAUUUCACAGCUUUUCAUUCAGAAAUGGAAACAAGUUAUCUUCUUGAAGAGUGGUAAAGAGUAGUCAUGCAGUAGUGUUCAUAGUGAGUUUAGGUUUGGUUACAGUAUAUGUUAGAUACAGUAACUGCUUGCAAAAUAGCUGCAGUUUAGCCCAUCUAAUUCAGAUAGUCCUUGGCUUCAUUAGAAGCUUCAUUAAAGUUCAAAAAACGUAGAAUAUGUUUUGGCUCCUCUGCAGGACAAGGUCGUUGUCCAGUAGAAACUGCUUACAAGUUAAGGGCAUGAGAAAAUUGUAUUUACUCUCUUUCAGCUUCUUAUGUCACACAGAAUGAAGGCGUUUUCCUAAUUGUGUGACUAUCAAAGGAAACUGUGUGAUUUUUCUUAAUGCUGAGAAUGGGGAUUGGACUGUGAUCAAUCCAAUCCACGUUGGAAGAAUGAGGUGGGUCAGGCUGAUGAUGCAAAGAGUUUUCCCUCACGUUUUGACAAAUUCCCAGUUUGAAAAGAGUAAGGUCUUACCCCUUCUUAGCCAGUAACAAUUUUGACUCUCCAAUGCUUAUAUGUUUACCUGGGAGAUAAAGAAGAGAGGUGCCUAGUAUCUGAUAACUCUUCAGCAAGUUGGGGGAUAGAAAAAGAGCUGCAGGGGUACAAGACAUCUGAAGGCAAAAACAAACGAGGUACAAACACCAUUUCCUUUUACUUGGGCAAACCACUUACAGCUGCAGUAUUCACCCCAAUGCUUUUGUCAGAUUUGCUGUUCAUAGGACAUACCUGGUUGGGUAAGCAGCCCCAUGAAAUAUUAUUGGCCAGUGGAAGACUCAGCCAGUGGUCUAACAUCUAAAUGCUGCUGUCAGGAGAUGAAUAACAUGCUGCUAAGAAAGAAGGAGCUCCCAUGAGCAAGAAAUCUCCCUUGUGUUGGAAAGUUGCAGGAAGAGUCCUUUGACCAUAUAUUACUUUUUUUUGUUUGUUUUGGUGCUGUGUGGCAGCUGGGAAUGCAGUACUUGUAGGGACAGUGUGCAUCAUCCAUGACAUCUUGUCAGCUGCAGACUUGUUUUUAACUGAGAAGGAUACUGACAUCUAAUCGGGAUGUGACUGUGAGCCUGACUGGGCAGCUGUAGCUAGCUCUGGGUGGAGGGCUGGAGGGCUCUGUUAGCUCAGGACUGAACAACAUGAAAGACUUAAUAUCAUUGCAGUUAUGGAGGUGGAGAGCAUCCUCCUGACUAUGUCAAAGCAGCUUAGCUCCUACAUUUGAAGUGCGCUUUUUAAAAUGGACUUCAGUCAUGCAGGAAGCUGAAUUCAGAGCAUCUUGCACACACACGGCCUUUUAUGCAUACUUCUAUCUGAGAAGUGUUUAAUGACUGAAACUUUCAAGCUUGAGAGGGAGAUCGGCAUCCAGCUACAGAGGCGUGAAGAGUGCUGCGGAUGCAGUUUGAUAUUAGAAGUUUGAUAAAAUUACCAGUGAAAACUGCUUUGCUGAGUUGAUUCAGUGCUGCUCAAUAGGCUGUGUGUGUACAUUCUCCGUGCUGAUAGUGCUUCGCGGAGCCUUUCAGCCAGCGCCAGAGCCCUUGUUAUCACAUUGCAGCGAGACUGGGGAAUGGCACAAGUCUGCACCAAGGUGCUAAACAGGAGAUAUUCUCCAUCAGAUUUAAAGCUGUCUUACCAGUUUCUGUGUUGAAAGAAGAAUACUUAAAAGUGAGGAUUUGCUAUGAUUGAUGCCACUGCAGUUGCUCACAUCAUUUUCCACUUGGGAGCAUUUUUUCUUCUUUUUUUCUUCUUUUUUAAAGCUCCCAAUUCUAUGAAUUCAGAGGCUUCUGCUGCAGUUCACUGAACCAGAAUUUGAAUGUCUUAUAAGAAGUAUUAGUCUUAAAGGGAUGGUGUAUCUUUUUGUAUUUAGUAUCUGGCAGUAAAAGCAGUUUUACAGAGCAGUUUCUAGGCAUGUAAUAAAAGCUUGGAGAUCUUGAUUUGUCUGACAGCAGUAUGAACACAUUGUUUAACUAUACAACGCUUGAAAAUAACAUUAAUGAUAUGUGUGCAGGAUUUGGGAUUCAGCAUCCCUGUGCUGUUUAUAUUUGCAGCUUUCAUUUUUAUUUUUUAUUUGCUUCAAAAAGAUGUGGGACCAGAAGUUCACGUGUGUUUAUACUUUUGAAGUAAGGGCACAUCAAAAUGCUACGCAAAAGUCAUGUUUUACAAGCCGAAUCCGGAUAGAUUGAAUGUGUUUAUAAAACAGUGCAUUGUUUGGGGGGAGGACACCCCUCACUCCCAAAUAAAACCCAGAGAAAUGAACCCUGAAGAAAAUCUGCUGCUUUAGACCCAUGUUACGGAUGGAGUCUGUUACGUGUCACGAGCGCUUUGAAACAAAACCUCUCUGCUUCAUUGUCACUGGGAGCAGAAGGGUUGAUGGGCUGCCAGUGCUUGCUGAGGCCUUCCAGUCAGCAAUGUCCUUGACUCUGCUGUUUGGGGUGUUUGUCAGCUACCAGCAUGCUUAACGUGUCAGUUAUUCCGAUGGUAACUUCAGGAGGUCAUCUACCUCUAGAUGGGAUGGGGCAAACUGUGAAGUCGAUCACGUUUGGUCACCGUUGGCAGUGUUGACACCGUUGAGAUGGUGUUGGGUAUGUUGUGCUUGUGGUCUUUUACAUUCAAGUCGGGGAUACAAGCUGAUUUUAAUUGCAAUUAAAAAAAUGCCACAUUUUCCUGUUGCAGGUAGCUGAGAGGAGAAAACAGGUUUCAAAGGGCUGACAGCCCGUCUGCAAGUACCAAGUUUCUUUAACUGCUUACUAUGCAAUGUGGAGCUUUGAACUUUAGCUUUUACUUCCAGAUAGAAAGGAGCGCUGUCCUUUAGGGCUGAGCGCUCCAAUCUCCCUGAUGCUCCUUUAACAGGUAAAGGGUACCUAUUUGCUGCUAUAGACUUGACGUACCUUUCAGACUGUUCCUUUCUGUUUCUCGCCUCCCCCUUCUCUUGAACCAUGUGACACAAUUUUAUUCUUAACGCAUCCUUUUUUGGGUAGCUCUUUUUCUUACCAGCCUCUCUCCCCUUCCUACCUGCCAGAGUGCCCUAUGGCUGUGUAUAAACCCCCCCCUCUUUUAGUUGGACUACUUAAAAAGGUGCAGUGUGAAUACAGACUCCUUGCUUUUCUUUCACUGAGAAUCACUUUACUCUGAAUCUUGUUUCCUUCAUCCCUGUUUGAUUUCUUCCUUUCCAGACUGCCCUAGUAAAGCCACGAGCAGUUUGGUGAACGCCUGCCCUCUUUUCCUGGCUGUCUUCCCUUGCAAGCCGAGGCUAACAUUUGUCUUUAUAAGCGCUGAACCUCUGCACUGCCCUGCUUUUCUUCCCGCUUCCAUAGAACCAGGUUAAGAUUGCAGUCUAGAUGAACAUCGGCUUGCUUCUGCUUUAGAAACGACUUCCCCGAACCGUUCAUAGAGUAUCGUAUUUUUAGGGGAAAUUAAUUUUUAUAGCCACUAAGCUAAGCUCGUUAUUUUUGUAAGCUGGCAGCUCGUGCCGCUGUGGGAGCGGUGCCGCGGAGGGAACGCCGCUCCCCGGCUGCGCUGUGGGACGGCCGCCCGCCUCAGCGUCCCUCAGCGUGUGGGGAGAGGGGAACGCAGGGAGAGGGAGGCUUCAACAGGAGAAAAACAGAAUAGUACGGAAGCGACGCUAACACAGCCUCCUGGUGUGCGGUCUUUCAACGUUCGGGAGAAAAGACAGUGCAAAAUGGGGAAUGUGAGAGCAGAGCCCUUUGCUGUACGCUCGCCGUGCCAAUGGCGUUCCCUUCCCGGGCACCGGUCGGUAUUUCGGUUUUAAGUGAGAACGGCUUCUGAUUUACAACAACAAAACUGAAUGUCUGAAAAUCCGCACCGUGUUCGAGAGUUGUAAAUAAUGUACACAGAUUGUUGUAUGUGACGGGACAAAAUAUUUAAAUUCUAGGUUUUUUCAACAAGAAGCUGAAGGCUGUUUAUAAGAGGCAAUAAAAUAGCUAUGUUUGACCACGA